AUCAAAUAACAUUAUGUUAUAUUUUAUUAUUCAUCAUUUUGAUUAGGUAAUUAUCAAAUAAUCAUAUAAUUAAGAUUAUAAAUGAUAAUUUGAAUCAAAUAUAUUCAAAGGUAAAAUCCUAAAUGACUUAACUGUAAAUCUCACCCAAUUUUUUUAUUAUUUUAUCUUUUUAUUUUGCGGUUAAACUAUUUAAAAUUUUAUCUUGAAUUUAGAGAUUGAAUUAUAAUAUUAAGAAAAAAACAUUCAAAACGAAUUUUGAAAAAAAAAAAAAGCUCACGAGAUAUGCGGCGUAAAAGGUUCGGAAUAACAAAACUCUCUUUAUAUAUCUACAUUAAUUCAUUAACGAUGGAAACUUAAUUACUGAACUAUCAAGCCAGCUUAAUAAUCACUCCACAUGUCUCACCUAAACAGACAUCAUCAAUUGUCUCCUCUCUCUUGUCUACAUGACUGACCAAAAUUCCCUUCACUCUAACUUCAAUAAUAUCUUUAAAUGCCUCCACAGCAUAACCGAGAUUCUUGUAUAAAUAAGCAAUCAUCGAUUCCGGUGAAGUCGACUAAAAAUACCCUCUUACGUUUACAUCUAUCUCUGUAAAUGUAAAUGAUUGCGGGGCAGAAAUAAUAUCUGUAAAAUAUUUUAAAGAUAAAAUAUAUAUAUAUACACACACACUAAUGCUGUGCCUGCUCUCGCUGACACACAAUGCCUCUCUCAGAAUGAGUCGAUCCCAUGGCGAAUCACAAACCAUUGCAGCCAGCCAUCUCCUUGAGCAUUAAUUUCUUCAUCGCGGCAAUGAGGUGAGGUCAUUGGACUUGUCAGCCAUGUGAGCUCGUGAACUGUGACAAAAUCCCUCCCCUCGGCGCUCACAUGGCCACUUCACCAUGAAUCUGUGUUUAUUAUUACUUUCUGCUCUGCUCGCUGUCCGUUCCCCUCCACUUGUGAUGAUAAACGCAUCCCCGUCUUCAUCAUUAGGCGUUAGGUUACGCUGAUCAAUAGAUUCAGUACCUGGCUGUUGGAUUGCAUCUUUGACCGCCCUUUUCUGUUGUCUCUGCCGGCAACUUGCAGUUGGAGAACAUGCUGCAGGGCAGGCGAAGCUUAAUUAAUAUAUAUAUAUAUUUAAGAUGGCCGUCCAUGGCAUGUUAUCCCACGUUACAAAUUGCUCUGCCAUGGCGAUUAGGAUAGCGUCGUCUUGAAUUGAAUUGAAUUGAGUUGAGUUGAGUUGAGUCGAGGAGGAAGAAGAUUAGUGCGCUAGCUGCGGUGAGAAUGGGGCACGAGACGACGGCGGUGAUCGUGGGGUGCAAGGUGUUGCCUAUCUGCGACUCGGCGGCGAGCGGCGGCCAGCUGAAGGAGGUGGCGCGGAGAAGCGAGAGGAGGAGGUCGGUGGCGCGGGUGAAGCAGGAGCUGCUGCGGUGGGCGGCGGCCGCCAAGUCCAGUAAAGGAGGGAGCAAAGCGUGGAAGGUUUUGUAUUCCCGAAACAAACUGAAACCUGAAGCGGAGUCGCCGGAGUGCUCGGUGGGCAAGGUCAGCUUCAAGUGGGACGCCGGCAGUUGCUCAGGAGCUUCGUCGGUGUGCUCCCCGCUCUCGCUCCCUUCCUCUUCGACCUCUCGAAACGACCACAGUCACAUCCACACCAGCAGCGCGUCCAGGCUCUCGUUUACUUGCUGCGAAAAGCCACGACACGGCUCGACGAGUAGCACUUCGAUGGGCGCCGCCGCCGCCGGCGACGAGCACGUCAGGAAUGGGCAGUGGAUCACCACCGACUCCGAAUGUGAGAGCAGAUUCUUUAUUAAUGUUCGUUUCGAUUCAUUAGCGAUAUUAACUUUUGGAUCUGUAAAAAUUAAACUGCAGUUGUGGUGCUGGAGCUCUGAUUGAAAAAUUCAUGAUUCGACCAAGAGGAGCGAGGAAGAACUAACGUUCUAAAAAAAUUGGGUUUUUGA